AUGGCUAAUAUGUCCUCAACAGUGCGUGUUGAAGAGCCUGAAGUCCCAAAUACACCUGGGCGGCUCGCUACCCGGCUCAUCAAGGACUGGUUUGCUGGGCGUUUACUAAACGACGGGGAGAAUGAGGGCGUGUAUAACUUUGCAUGUCCCGCCCUGCGGGAUCCUUUCGGCCGGGUCCCCGAUGCAGAUUCGGAUCACGAGCUCGCAAUCACCCAGUCCCAGAGUUAUGACCAAGAUCACGACCCCGAGGGCAAAGGCGGCACCUUGCUGUCGUGCAUGUGCAGGUUCUGCCGCCACCACUUCGUCUUCAGAAUCUCCCAGGGCCUCUGUCGAAGCACUUCGGCAAACAUGAUGCACCAUUUUCUCCCAGCUGGAAUGCAGUGGUUCGACAAUGUGACAGUUGAAAACCGCCUCAUUUCCCCGCUGUUUCCGCUCAGAUGCAAAAUUGCGUACAAGUGCUCAGAUUGUGGGCAAGAUGUGUUGCUCGAGAUCACGGUGCCGCGGCUUGCCCCAGAAUGGAUCAAGAUGAUUACCGACGAGCAGAGGAUCAGAGAGUCGCUGAGAGUUGCCAGAGAGGAAGACCCCGAACGAUAUCAUGACGUUAGCCCAGCACGGGAGGAUUUCUAUGCGAUGACCUCGCUCUCUACUCUCAAUCAGUAUUUGAAAAAUGUGCUUGACGAUGGUGGAUCAGGAGCCCGCAAGAGAAUCUCGUUUCGAAAUAAGACUUUUUCGGUGCAAUUCGGGCCUGCUUGCAAGCAUAUAUUUGAAUACCUUGGCUUCGAGGUAGAAUUCGAUGAGGAGACGGGCGACCAUUACUGGCUGCCCCCGCAGUUGCUCCCUCAGGAGGGGAAAACGCCUCUAGGGUCCAGGAGAGCAUUCUACGAAGACGUGAGGAGUGAGGUCCAAAGCCUCUUGGACGAAACCCCGCCUUCAAACCAGCCGGUCGUGAGGCCUAUAUCGGCCAAGGACCCCUUGGAGAGAGCCCUUGGCUGCGACAAUGUCAAUCAACGACGGAGCAGGCUUCCCAUCGACAAUGAUGAUGCGGCCGACUUCCAGACUCUCGGCGCAACAACGGACUCUGACGAAUCCAUGCUGAAAUAUGCCUACAGCCACCAAAUCCGGACUGACCCAGCACACAAGAAUGUCUAUCUUGAAGCCCUAGGCCGGUUGGCUGGCCGUAGGGACAUGGACUUCCAGCUGUUUGUUUUCAAGCAACAAGAAGAUAUACAAACACAGUUUGCCAAGCGAAAUCCCGCGCCUCCUGGCAGCGACGACAUAACGGAUAAAGCCUAUGCUCACUUCGGCCUCAGUAAAGACAGCUCCGGGGAUGCGGUAUAUUUCAUCAACGUGUACAAGACAUAUCGUGAACAAUCCCCAGCACAGAAAUCUCAACACCGGCUCAACCUGCUCCGGAUCGGCGAGCAUCGUAAAAGCCAGGCUAUUCUGGACGAGGUGUACAAGACAGAGAUGGAGCCUACUGAGGCCUAUUCGUAUCUUGCUGCUGAGCCGACUUGGCCCAUGGAGAGUAUUGCCGUUCUGGCACAAAGUUCGGUCAUGGACACUGACCUACAGCUUGCCAUCAUGGCCCUUGAUGCGAUCUCCCGAGACCGCCCAGUCGAUGACCCGACUAGACCCGCUUUUGAGACCAUAUGCGCUGACCUGCGUUCACAACUCCCGCAGCCAAAUGCUUCGCUCACUGACAAGACCGAGCUACCUGGGCCCGGUUCAACUGACAUGGGAAUUCCUGUCGGCCUCGGCAACCUUCGGAACACUUGCUACCUUAAUAGCAUCCUGCAGUACUUCUACUCUGUGAAUGCUGUUAGGGAUCUCGCCUUGAGUUCGGACCAACCUGCACUUGAACCCAGUGAGCAGGGUGUGCGGACUCUUCUGGGAAACAUUGAUGCGUCUGACUUGGAACCCGGCAGGGCCUUUGUAGGCCAUGAGUUCUCUCGCGAGCUAUCUGUGUUGUUUAGGACUCUAGAGGGAUCCAGGGAGAGUUCCAUAACGCCCAAACAACGCCUUGCCAAUGCUGCCUUGCUGCGACCUGAGAAACUCCGUACACAGUCAGCGAACGCGGCGGGCACGUCGGAUACUGCUGCUGCAGAUGCGCCGCCGUUGCCACCUCGCGCGGGAGAGAACAGCGAACCAAAGAUUUCAGUCGAUCCUGCGCUUCCGAGUUCCGAGACCGCUAGCGAUGUUAGCUCGCAAACAUUGGUAAACCAGCCUGACGAUGAAUCUUCCUAUGUCGUGGUCGGCCAUGCCACCCAGAAGCCCAAUUCUAUAGCCGCAGAUGCGGAUAUGAUUGGCGAACUGUCUGCUUCCGACCUCGUUGGUUCUGCGGGCGAUGCCGUUCCGGACAAUUCCAAACUGGCCAUCGAAGAGCUCGCUGCUGAACUUGACAAGCCCAAUGUUGGAUCCGAUCAAAUGGAUGUCGACGAGGUAAUGGGAAAUGCUAUAGACCACCUCCGGGCUGCAUUCAAGGUCACCCGCAUCGGGGCUUCCGACAAUGUUCCGGAUCCUAUUGAGCAGGCCUUCUUCUCAACCUUUAUUGACAACAGGAAGAAGGUUGGCGAGGCCGCUUGGAACCACUCCACACGGUCGGAUCGCUGGGUGACGGCAUUCCCCGCCAAGUCAGGAUCGCGCGACCUCUAUGACGCUCUAGCUAAUUCGUUUGACCUGGAACCACUGGCCCCCGACCUUUUGUCUUUCACCACCAUUGAACGGCCUGCACCAAAUUUUCACAUUUGUAUCCAGCGCUCUGACGGGGUCGGAAAGAACGCAAACCCCAUCAUCAUACCCGAGACUCUAUACCUCGACCGUUUUAUGCACACCGGUGAGGGCGACUCUAGGCUUUUUAGGGCCAAGAAGCGAGCCUGGGACGUCAAGACAAGACUCAAUGAGGUGUUGCAACCCGUGAAUGACGAUGCGCCAAAGGAGACAAGUGUGAAUGGCACGACACCAACUUCCAAGCUCAACGUUGAGGACAUGCCCAACAAGGACGAUGUUGACGAAUAUCUGAGGGUGGGGGUGUCUGAUGUCCUAGCACUCAGGCCGGUAGCCGCUAGUGAGGCGGACGCAGAAUGGAGUAUUAUCAAUUCUGCCAUUAAAGAGAUUCUCACCAAACACCCAACCACGACAUCCGAGACUUCCCCCAUGGAUAUUAGCGAACCGGACUCGAAUGUUGAGAGGAGUUCUGCAAUACCCUCAUCAGAGCUCGAGGGUUUUUGGGACGAAUUCAACAAACGGCAGACAAGUGAGAAGGAGAUGCUCAUGCUCGAGCGUGCAGCCAUCUUCGAUAGCAUGCACAGAGUCCCCUACCGCCUGCAUGCCGUAGUCUGCCAUGCCGGAUCUACCGCUUCCGCUGGCCACUACUGGGUAUGGAUACACGACUUCGAACAAGACAUUUGGCGCAAAUACAACGACACCAGGGUCUCUGUCCACAGCGAAGAAUCUGUGUUUGAAGAGUUGAACACAAAAGGCGAACCGUACUACCUUGCAUAUGUUCUAGCCAAGGAUGCUCACCAACUUGUCAGCAUCCCACGGCGUCGGCAGCCAACGCCAGAAUCUCAACCGCAGGGGCUCCAGCCACCUGAUGGUGAUUCUGAGAUGACCGAUGUUCGGUAUAAAAAGACCGCAGCCGAGCACGUUGAGGACAUUGGGAUGGAUUCCCUACCCUACGUUGCCUAG